UACUUUUAUAUUUCUAAAAGAAACCCUACGCUAAACCUCUGCACGUUCGGCUCUCACCUUCGGCAGGAGAUUGCUCAUUCUAGCCUUCUCUCUUCCAUCAGAAGAAGAGUGCUCCACAAAUUCGAAGCUCAGUUCCCACUCUUUACCCCGUUGUUUCCGCCGAAAAAACAAUCACCCUUCCCUUGUUUUUCUCCUCGGAGAAGCCCUAUCGAACGAGAUGCAUCCCUUCUUCCCUUCCCUCCCCAACCAAAUCCAACUCCAAGGAGGCGCCGAUCCAUCUAAUCAGCAGGCGAUGCUGUUAAACCCUACUCAAUUCCCAUCCCAUGGCCUAAACCCUCAAUUUCCAGCUCCACCGAUGGCGAAUUUCAACAAUCAAAAUUCCAGUUUGAGAAACUUCAGCGGAAACCCCAUGGGCAUGCCGAACCAGCCUCUUUCAAUGCCUUUUCCUUCCUUGUUGAGAGGCCCCAACGUUCCUCCAAUGGCCCAAAAUAAUCGGAUGGGUGUUCUUCCCCAACCGGGGCCAUUCGGUAUGAACCAAGCUGUGCAAGCUCUGAACCAGGUCAUGGCGAUGCAGCUGCUCGGGCAGCAAAAUCUCAACUUUCUUGCUUCGUUGCAGCCGGGCAGCCUGUUUUUGGCCAACAAUUUGCCUCAGAACAUCAACCAAGUUGCGGGUCUGCCGAAUGAGCAGGUUCGUUUGCAAGACCUAACGAUGCAAGGGAAUCAGAUCAGUGCUCUCACCUUUCCUCCGUCCUCUCAUCCUAGAGGAUCUAACCACCCUGGCUUUGUUGGUAGUCCUCAUAUGUCUAUGAAUAAUUCAAAUACUAAUAUCAGUAGCGAGAAAUCAUCUGUUGAUGCCAAGAAAAAUACAGUGGGUCAGAGUGGCAAGCCCAUCUCCCGAAGUCCAAUGCAGAAUCAUCAGAAUGGGAAGAAUAUGCAACGAAGUGGGCACUGGCCCCAGGUGAAUUCUGUUGGAGAUGGUGAAAGAAAUGUCAACUCUGAAAAUUCUCCUAGCAAGAACUUUACAAGAAAUGUUCAUGGAUAUGGAAAAAGAAAAUCAUCACAUAUAAGAUUCCAGAAACCUCAACUUCAUCACUCAAAAAAUGCAAAUGAAAGUGGGGGACCAUUUAAUAUGCCUGGUAGAAGAGGACAGGACAAAUGGAGACAAAGAAAACCUCAGCUUGCAAACUGUAGUAAACCAGCUACAGCUGGAAGCAAAAGGUGCCUUCACGUAAACUAUACUGAAAAUGAAAUCCAACAAUGGCGUGAAGCACGCAGAAAGAACUUUCCAACCAGAGCUAACGUAGAAAAGAACUUGACUGGAAGCGGCACAAGCAAUGAAGAUGCUGACAGUGAUGCCAAGCUCCGCUGCCAGCAAUUGAAGGAAGUUUUAGCCAAACAGGCAGAACUAGGUGUUGAAGUUGCUGAAAUACCUCCCAGUUAUUUUUCUGAACUGGAGAACCAUCCUGAAAAUGAAAAUGAGAGGAAAGCACUCCACGUGACUGACCAAUUUCCAAGUAAAUACAAGAAUAAGAGGGGUAGUCAUGGUCGGGAUAAGUGGAAUGCUAAAAGGCCAAAAUUGAAAAAUGAGGCAUCUACUGAUUCUUCUCCCACUGUUAAAAAAAGGGAACCAACCCUGCUGCGGAAGCUUCUGAACGCUGAGAUAAAGAGAGACAAGAUCCGGCUAUUGCAAGCUUUCAGGUUUAUGACCUUAAAUUCUUUUUUCAAUGGGUUGAAUGAUAAGCCCUUGGAAUUUCCAGAGAUUACAGUAAAGGAUGCAGGACUGGAGAAUGGAAUUGGUUUUAAAGAAGAAUCCAUCCUUAAACAAGGUGGACAUUGAUGAUUCCAGAGCCAGCAAGAAUUUCUUAAUUGAGGAAAUCAAAUGUCAAAAACAUUGGAAUGUAGUCAACAAAUCAGAAAGUGAAUCCAGCAAAGACAACGGUUAGCAUCAGUGAUGAGAUGAAAGGUGGAUUUUGACCAUGUGAGCAAGGAGAAUUCUGAUGGAGAGAGUUCUAGGAAAGGAGGAAAAGAGAUCAGUGAUUAAAGAGAGAUCAUGCAGUCAUUUUGUACCUACUAUGGAAUAGCCAAUGUAUGACGGUAUAGCUUAAUUUUGAUAUUGGACUAGGGUUUUGGAAAGAUGGUUUUUAUUUAUUUUUUUUAUUUUUUCCCCUCAUGCUGUUAAAGCACCCGUUGCGUUGCAUGAAAUGCCAAUUGUCAUGAAUUUAGAGCUUGAAUUGUACAGUAGAAUUCUUAUUCAGCUUGCUGAUUUUGCUGCAGAAUAGUGACCGGGCAGCAUUUAUUCAGGCUCAUGGUACGCAGAGCUAUGACCUCUAAUUCCAAGUCAUCUGCACGUCAACAAUUGGAUACAACAUCGGAUUAUUACCGCUCAUGAUUUGGAUUUUAAGAAAAGGUCUAAUUUUGGAGCCUGGAAUGUAUGCUCUUUGGGUCUGAAAAUGCAAAUGAAGCAUAGUUAAUUUU